GGGGACUUCAACCACACCUCGAUGAUUUGGAAAACUCAAAGUCAUUUCCAACCUCAGCUCUGUUCACACAAGAGACGAUGCAGUCCUCUCUUUCAGCCCGGGACUCUGUUUUAUAUAUAAGAUUUGAAUGAAAGAGCAGAACCUCACAUAAACAACACAACCCUACAGUCAUCUGUAUAAGAACAUAAUUGCGGGAAUAAGUGUUCUUGUAUAUAAUUACAGAAAUAACAUAAACAAGGAAUCUGUUAGUGAUCAAGACGGAGGUUUCUGGACGAGCCAAGGCUUAUAUCACUAAGUGCUGAGGUUUAGUAGAUUCACUCUCCAUCUCGUCUCUAAACGGCCUGCAGCGUGGCGUGAGAGAGUGGGGAUUCGAACCGGUGCAUGCCGGAGAUGAGUGCGUUCUGGCAUAAGAUCGGCUGCUGUGUGGUAGCCAAACCUCCUCCGAAGAAGAAACGGAGGAGAAUUGACCGUAGCAUGAUUGGAGAGCCCACAAACUUCGUCCAUCUGACACACAUAGGCUCGGGUGAAAUGGCAGAUGGCAUGCAGCCGUCUGGCCCGAUCCAGGAACAAAUGCGAUCCAAAGUGCCUCAUGCUAAUGGACGAAACAGCUUGUUAUAGCCUCUUUACAUGCUUUUUAGUUUUUUACCCCAAGAUCCUCAGCAGACCUGGUCCAGCUAUCAACACUUUACCAAAACAGAGGACAGAUACCAACCAGCUUUUCAUCAACAGAACAGGUAUCGGUCACAAACAGCAAUGUUCGAUUGCUGUGGCUGCCAAAUGGACAACACCUCUGCAAGGUUUUUUUAUGUUAUGGAUUCUCUUUUCAGAGGAAAAAUUUGCCCCAUUCUCAGAGACUGUUUUAGUAGAAUUGGACCAGACAAAAGUGUGUAAUAUGCAUUUGGCUGUGUUGAGACACUGGCUGGCUGUGCUUGUUUAGAGGAGGAAAGUCUCUUAUCACUUUAAAACAGGGGACUAUUUGACUGCCUUCCUAAAGUUAUAACUGGCUUGUUUGUCAUAGUCCCUCAUUGAUAAGGAUGCGUACAAAUGUGUGUUUGCAUUUGUUUUGUAAUGGAAAUAAAUUUUCACCUAUAGCUUUAUAGUGUCUCUAACUGCUUGCAUUAACAAUUGCACAAAUUGUUGUUGAUUAGCAUAUGAUCCAGUGCCCCCUCCAGUAUGUGUAUAUAUGUAAAAAAACAAAAUUAUGGUGCCAUUUAUAGUUUGUCCAAAAAUUGAUUCUGAUAUGAAUUGCUCACGCUUGUAUGUACCAUUACUCACCAUUCACUUUUAUUGUGUGGAGGAAAAAAAUACAAUGAAAGUGAAUGGUGACUGAGGCACUAACACUCUGCCGGACAUUUCCUUUUGCUACACGAAAGAACAAGAGGAUGAGUAAAUCAUGACAGAAUUUUUUUAUUUUUGGGUGAUCUAUCACUUAGAAAUAGUGCUUUAGUACUCUUUUAGAUCAUACUGGCAGCACGUCUGAUAAUUGCAUUAACAACCCUGGCAGAACUGCCUUUUAUAGUUCUAAAGAUUAACCCUCAAGUAUUAGAAAAAGGCUUUGUUCUUGAACUUCGUCUCCAGUAGCUAUUAACUGUUUAUCCGAGUUGAGACUUUGAACACUGGAUAUCAUACAGGCAUCUUGCCAGGAGAGAGUCUCUGCCCUCUGCCAUUUAAACAUCACAUUUAGUCUCACAUUCACACGUCGAGCUCCACCCCACACUAGCAUGAACACACGCUCUCUGUUUCCAGUAAGCACACAGCACCAUUGUGCACCUGUACACUGUGACUGGCAUUAAAUCAGGCUUGCAUACACACUUUACUCUGUACUUUGUUUUUGGAUACUGCUUAAAGUAGCACUGUGUUUGGCUGAAUUCUGCAUGUUGACAAACAGAUGUUUGCUUGUAAAUGUGAUGUAUAAUUUUUGAGAUUCCAAAUGGUGUAAUUUAGUUUGUGUUUGCUGGAAUUUGUUAGGAAAUUUCAUAUAUUUUAGUAGCGAAAACUUCCACACUCUUUGUUUUGCUUUAGAGAUUAAAUGUUUUAUUGCAUUUUUAAUAUGGAGUUGCCCAGUGGUGCUCUAGAAUCACAUUUCAUUCUUGGUAGACCGUAUAGAGAAAGCACAAUGUUUUUUCAUCUCAGCCAAAGAUCUCAAUAUUUCAUUCAACGUUGCCAACAUAUUUCUGCACCUUUGCUGUGUGUGUGUGUGUGCUCAUCUUUUUCCAUUACACUUUUUAAAGCCCAAAUGCUUUGAGCAAAGCACUCACUUUUUCUUCCUCCUUUUAUAUUUGUUGUUUUAUAUAUUUUUUUUAAAUGAAAAUCUUUUAGUUCAUUGAUUUUGUGUUCAAAUAUGAGCAGUACUUAGUGUUGUUUUCAUAUUGCAUUGUGUUAUUUGUACCUUCUUGUUGUGCUUUGAU